CAGGAGUUCGAGAGUUGUUGUCUACGGAUCAUGAGGAAAGUUGUUUUAAUUUUGCCGAAUAUACUUUAACCAAACGAAGACUAUUAUUUAUAUAUUCAGAUUUUUAACAGGUAUUUAAAAUCAGUACUAGAUUAUCUACUAUACCAAACCAAAAUGUCGGGCAUAGCUAUAGCGCGCCUCUCUGAGGAGCGCAAAGCAUGGAGGAAAGACCACCCAUUUGGAUUCGUCGCUAAACCUGUAAAAAAUGCUGAUGGAACACUAAACCUCAUGCUAUGGGAAUGUGCAAUACCAGGCAAGAAAGGGACUCCAUGGGAAGGUGGCAUCUACCCACUGAAAAUGAUUUUCAAAGAUGACUACCCAAGUUCACCUCCCAAAUGCAAGUUUGAUCCGCCCCUGUUCCACCCAAACGUUUAUCCAUCAGGAACAGUAUGCCUGUCGUUGCUUGACGAAGACAAAGACUGGAGACCGGCUGUUACAAUAAAGCAGAUAUUGCUAGGAAUUCAGGAUCUGUUGAAUGACCCUAAUGUUAAGGACCCUGCUCAAGCUGAAGCUUAUACAAUUUACAGCCAAAAUCGUAAUGAGUAUAACAAGAAAGUGGAGGAACAGGCUAAAAAAUACUCAACCCUCCUGCAACUGUGAACAAUAGUGGAUAAUUAUUGCAUUGAUAUUUACCACUGAAGACUGUUGAGGUGUAACAUUAAGGGGAAGAAAACACAAAAACAGUAGAAUUUUAAAUUUUGGUGCCAUUUGCAGACAUGAAAGAGUAUAGAUGAACAGAGUAUACACAGGAAACUUCAUGCACCGAUUGGUUCUCUGCUUUGGUUCAAUGGGGUUUGAUACAUUUAAGUAUGUUGAUUCUACCAUAAUAUUACCCUAUGCCCCUUCCCUCAAUUUAUUCAGUAUUCACCCAAGCUCUACUCGAUUAAUUGUAAGAUUGAAAUUAGCCCUUGUCCAGUAUUCAGACUGAGUAGAGUAUCAUCAGAGAAGGUAAUGAUUUGAAAUUGGUUUUAAACCAGCCCCCCUGCCCCUUGAAGUAAACCAGAUGACCCAGGGGUACUAAAAAUUCAUUUUGUAAACCAUUUAGUGAAAGCUGGAAUACGAUGUAAACUAAAGCCAGGCACUCACUGCCCCCAGUCGACGCAAUUCUCUUGCGAACACAACGCCGCGACACAUGCACAACAGAUCAUUUUUAACGACAAUCAGCAAACGGCAUCGCAUCUCCCAGCGCUCACAGGAAGUGGAAUUGGAUUUGUUGUACGACCGUCGUACGAUGCAGCGAGUGCCCAGCUUAAGAUACUGAAUAGCAGCUUAAAACACUUAACUAUCAUCUGUCAUUUUCUCAUGUAUAAUCUCAUAGCUUAGUUGAUAUUACAUGUCCAAAAUCUGUAUUUUGUAUACCUUAAAGUCUGCAGAUAAUACACUCCCUAUAAUUCGCAUGAUACAAAUAUGUAAUAGUGAGUGCUAUAUGCACCCACCAGGAACUGGUUCUGUGACUAAUGUAGUAUUACUUUAAUGUAUAUUUACAAAAUCUGCAAGCUUUUUGUAUUAUGUUUUCGUCCCAAAAUUAUCAAUAACAUGUAAUUAAUUUUUAGUUUUUUUAGCUCCAUUUUUUAAAGGUUUAGAACAGCUUUAUGAAAUUUACUAAUCAAUCAAUUUGCCACUGUAUAUUACAAUAACUGGUUUCACAUAUUGAUGUUAAUGUUACAAAUUUCAUAUUCAAAUGUAAAUUUUCAGCAACAUAAUGUACUGAUAUAAUAAAUCGUGUAUCGCUGUAUGAUUAAGUGAUAUCUGACUUGAGCUUGGUUUCCAUAAAAUCGCUACACGCUAUCACUGACAGCUUUCGGUGAUGCUGAUUGGUCGGUCGAAUCAGGAAGCCUUCCCUCAUUUGCAUUGGGGACUGCUACGCAGUACAACUUAUUGCACUGAAAACACUAGUGACAGUGGAGCGAUUUUAUGGAAACCAGCCUUUAUUUGUCACCUGAUAAUGAUUAAUUGCUAUGUAUGUAAACUCCUUGACUAGGUUGGAAAAACAUCGGGUCAUAGCCAUGUCGUGUAUAAACAAGUUUAGGUCCUUUAGUCCAACUCAUAGUGUGCCGGCCGAUCGAGGAAUCUGCUUGCGUCACUAGACGACGGCCGAUUGUCUGCUGGAAAUCUAGGUGUAGGAAAAAAUAUCAGUAAAAAAAAUCAACAGUAGAAAUAAACACCACAACAAUGAAACAAACAAUUUCAUUUUGGUGUUUAUUCCUACUGAUUUUUUUUUUCUGAUUACCAAAUGAUUGUACUGCGUCAUCUUCUGGAUUAAAAUUCGCUCAUGUAAAUAGUGAUUAAACCUCUUCUAUAUAAAUACAAACCA